AUGGAGUCACCACCUUUGUUCGUUCGGUUGCUUUCCUUUCUCAUGUUGACGACGUUGUGCCAUGCUAUAGCAUUUACGCAGUCUUUUAACUCUUCUAUUCAACGAUGCCAUGAUGAUGAAAGCUUGGCCUUGCUGCAAUUCAAAAAUAGCUUCAACAUCUCUAGCUCUUGUUCUUAUUCAAAGCUUGAAUCAUGGAAGCUAAAUCAAGGUCUUGAAUCAUGGAAGCUAAAUCAAGGUGUAAGAUUAGGUGAGUGUUGCUUAUGGGAUGGUGUGGAGUGCGAUGAGAAAACUAAUCAUGUCGUUAGCCUUGACUUAAUUGAGAGUUAUAUUUAUGGAUCGAUCAACUCCAACAGCACUCUCUUUCGCCUUGUCCAUCUUCAAAGACUUAAUCUUGGAAGCAACGACUUCAUCCACUCUCAAAUCCCAUCCGAAAUAGGCCAACUCUCGAGGUUAACUCAUCUCGACCUUUCUUUUUCUGGCUUUUCUAGCGAAAUCCCAGCUGAAAUCUCUAAUCUUUCAAGCUUGGUUUCCCUUGAUCUAUCUCGUAAUCUUGAUUUCAUUAGUUAUGAUGGAUUAUUGAAGCUCCGUAAGACUAGCUUCAGAGGUCUAGUUCAAAACAUGACCAAUUUGAAGGAACUUGAUCUAGAAUACGUGGACAUUUCUUCAACGGUACCUAAGGUUCUCGCAAAUCUUUCAUCUUUGGAGUCUCUCCAUCUUUGUGGUUGUGAAUUGCAUGGUGAAUUUCCGGCGAGCAUUUUCUCGCUUUCGAACUUAAAGAUAAUCGACUUAUGCGAAAAUAUAAAUCUAACAGGUUUUUUGCCUGAUUUCCACCCGAGAAGUCACCUUGAAAGAUUGAGGCUCUUCUCAACAAGUUUUUAUGGAAAGCUUGUCCGUGCACUCUACAAUGGCUACAAAUGGCCACCUUCCGUACUUGAGAACUUUAGGAUUGGCUUCUUGCAACCUUACCCAGUUUCCCAACUUCUUGCAGAACCAACAUGGGUGGGAAUAUCUAGACCUUUCUUCAAACAGCUUACAGGCUCAAAUCCCUUCAUGGAUGUGUUCCAUAAGUACAAAUUUCAUGGAUUUUUUGAAUCUUUCUCAUAA